AUGAAAGGGAAGAGUUUGUCAGAGAUGGAAGGCGAGCUCACCCUCCAACAACGAGAUGGGAUCGACCGCCACUUGGGCUUCUUAGUGAGUGCUAUUGGUCAAAAUGCAGCCCCUGGGUUUGGGUCUUUGCAGCAAGUGGCAUUUGGCGCUGGAAGUUCCUCCUGGAGAGAGGCCUUCUGUGCCCUGUUUGAAGGCAUUCUUCGCGAUGCCGAGGACACGUUCAUACACCUUCCUUACUCGGAGAUCCGACACGAAUUGAGUCGCCUGGCACCUGCCCUUGAAAGUGUAUCGCUGCCACGUCUUGUGGUCGUGGACUUUGGCCGACCCUCCCACGUUUUGGUAGACGAAGAGUCUGGACAGUUGUCUGGUAUUGUGGACUUCAGCAGUGCCGUAUGGGGUGAUGUGUUGAUGGCAGAGAUAUUUGCGAAUGCAUCCCCGGCGGUCUUGCAGGGAGCAGGGAUGGCGGUGUCCAGGAGAAGGGAGGAAAAUAUCCGGUUGGUCUUGUAUGCGUGCUACCGGCUGGUGUCCCAAAUCACUGUGCAAUAUUAUCGACACCGAGACGAGACGAGCGAAUUUGAGGCGCGGAGACGACUGACAACUGUGAUUGCGGAAAUGGCGAGGCUCGAACUGGAAUGA